GGGACCCGCCGCCGCUCCGCUGCCUUCGGCCGCCGCGGGGGGCUCGGCGGGGGCGCGGCUGUGCUCGGGGUGGAUGCCGGCCGGGGCCGGCCGCUCCCGGCACCAUGCACACCGUGCAGAAGGACACCACCUUCACCAAGAUCUUCGUCGGGGGGCUGCCCUACCACACCACCGACUCCUCCCUCAGGAAGUACUUCGAGGUCUUCGGGGACAUCGAGGAGGCGGUGGUGAUCACGGACCGGCAGACCGGCAAAUCCCGGGGAUACGGCUUUGUGACCAUGGCAGACAGAGCUGCUGCUGAAAGAGCUUGCAAAGACCCGAACCCCAUCAUUGACGGCAGGAAAGCAAAUGUGAACCUGGCGUAUUUGGGAGCAAAACCAAGGAGUAUUCAAACUGGUUUUACCAUAGGUGUGCAGCAGUUACAUCCAGCCUUCAUUCAGAGACCCUUUGGAUACUGUCUUGAAGAUGUUCUGAAAGCGGCUGAAAAUGUUUCACAGGAAAACUACAGAUUGUUGCACACAUCACGGUCUGCUUCCAUCACCUGUGGUCUUCUUUCUGCCCCCUUCCUUCCUUCCUCAUCCAGCCUACAAUCCUCUUAUUUACUGGUGAGGUACAGAGGUACUCGGAGAACACGGAAAAAAAGCAAUCUUAUUUUUUGGUUGUACAAAAACUUUGUAAUACUCAGAGAUGCCUUACAGAAAAGAAAAAAAAAAAGCAAAAGAAAAACUAUUUUUUAAUAUUUAUUGCGAUUUUAUUCGCAUGAGCUGUGAAUUGCAGACAGAAGAAUAGUAGUAAGUAUCUGCCUUGUUUAAUUCUCAUUUUACUAAAUUAUUGUAUGUAGGUAAAAGUUCUUAAGUAAUUGCUGAAUCACUUCAACAUGCAAAAGGGAAUAUUGGCUUGAAGGAGAGCAGAAUAUUCCUUUAGUCAACGCACUGUACUAUUUUCUUAUUGUAAUUGUUACUCUGUUAAGAUUAUCUCAAAUUUAGGUAUAUUUUUAAAUGCAAAAAACCAACCAAGAAUACUGAACAUUUUGUCUACUUUGGUAGAUCUUUUGUUACAAUGCUGCAACCUAUGGAGACAUUUACAGUAUUUAUGUAAAAGAGAUUUGGGGCUGUUGGCCAGCAAGGUUUAGGAGAAUAUCAUGAGUGGAGCAAUAGAGAGAAAGGUGUUAUGUCACUGAACAAAUAGGUAAAUGUAACCUUUUUAUGCCUGUAAUCCAACAGCCAAAUAAAGGAAGAGAACAGGCGAUGUAAGUGCAUUUCUACAAAGACAGCAAUAAACUAUUUUAACUUUUAAAAUGA